AUGAGUCUCAGGCCCCUUGCCCCUGCUCCACGGCCGUCUGCCGCUCACAAUCCCUCGAAUCCGAAUCCGAAUUCGAAUUCUCCGUCCGAAUCACCAAUCUCGGUACCGAAACUUCGAAAGGCAUCCGCAGCAUGCACUCACUGCAAGCGCCAGAAGGCCAGGUGCCAAAUAGCCGACGGAGCCACGGCCUGCGAACGGUGCACGAAGCGGGAACUCUCCUGCGUGUUCGAACUGGACGAUGAUAUGCGGCGGAAGCUGGCCCACAAACGGAAGAUCGCGAAACUCGAAGAGGAGCGGGAUGUCUUGCUUCAGCUGGUGCAGACGCUGCAGGACAGCCCGGACGCCAAGGCCACCCAGCUGCUGAAUCUCAUCCGCAGCAAGGCGCCCCUCGACGAGAUCAUGCUCUACAUGGACCACAACGUGUCGGAGCGGGACCGAGAGACGAGCCCGCUGCUGGCGGAGAUCUACGAGCGAACCCACGGGUCGAAGGAGGACAAUAAACGGACCGCCUCCCACCCGGCACUCAGCAAUUCAGCGCUUGAUCGACAUCCCGAUGACGAGCUAGUGUCCCAUCUGAUCUCGCUGUGGCUGACCUGGAGUCAUCCGUUCUACAACUGGAUCGAUAAAGAGCUCUUUCUCCGUGACGCGCAAGCGGGCAAGCUGGACUCGAAGUUCUGCUCCCCAUUCCUGGUGAACUGUAUUCUGGCCGAAGCAUGCUUUCACUCGGACUACCCGGACGCGUAUGCAGACCCCAACGACCCAGAUUUCAAGGGCGUUCAUUUCUACAAAGAGGCGCGACGGCUCUAUGAGAAGAUCGAAGGUCGACUCGAUUUACCAACCAUGCAGGGGUGCGGCGUUUUGUUUGUCUGCAUGGCGGCGAUGGGCAAAGACCGUGUGGGGUGGUUGUACCUCGGCCACCUGCGCAGUAUGGCAGAUGAUUAUACCAAGAAGCACCCCCCGCCGCCCGCCGGAGUGACUCCAUCCAGGGAAAGCCGGGCGAUUGAUAAUACCAUCUGGGGGAUCUACAAUCUUACCGCGACCGCUUCGAUCUCGCUAAUGAAGCAUUUGGCGAUCGACCGGCCGAAUCGACCCCUGCUUCCAUGCGACCAUCCCGCCGACGACACCUGGACGCCGUACCCGCGCCGAAUGGAUCCGGUUCAAUCCCACAUCCCCUGCGUGCUGAACAGCUUCUGCGCGCUGAGCGAGAUCAACGUCGAUGCCAACCGCAAGGUCUUUGCGAGUGGGCACAAGCCCCCUCGGGACGAGCUGGAACAGACCCUGCAAGACGUGCAAACCCGACUCGAUGAAUGGAAGAGCAAACUACCUCCAUGCCUGGCCCGGGAGAACCUGAGCGUCCCGCAAUCGCUAAGCUUACACAUGCUCUACCACACCGUCGUAAUCAUGCUCUGGGGCCUCCUGAAAAAAGAAGACGCGGACCCGGACAGCACCGAGACAAGCACAAUCUCCCGGGAGACGGCGCGCGGCACCUGCGUGGCCGCCGCGCUGGCGAUCGUCGACCUGCUGCGCACGCACCGCGCCACCUGGGGGCCGGACUACAUCUCGCCGACGACGAUCCACUGGGUCAGCAUGGCGCUGUUCACGCUGGUCGAGGAGCUGGACCACGGCGCCGACCGCCGCACCGCCUUCACGGAGCUGUGCGUCAUCGCCCGCACCUUCGCCCGCAAGUGGACCCUCAUGAAGGGCAUCCUGCGCAUGCUGCAGGUCUCGGCGCAGAAGGACGGCGUCGCGCUGCCGUCCGAGACCCAGGCCCUCUUCGUCGACUUCUCCGAGAAGAUGUGGGGCCCCGCCCAGCGCGAGCGGUUCCGCAGUCUGUAUCCGAACCCGAGCGCGUUGGCGGAGACCGGUGGCGACCGCACCAGGGAGGAGGCGGAGCUGGAUAGCUUUCUGGAGAAGUGGGAUACCCUUGAGAUUCGGGAGGAGCAGCGGGGCUAGGUCGGUGGAAUGGACUUACGGCUACAUGGAGGGAAAAGCGGUAUUGGUAGCUCUCAUCCUCUCUUCAUGCUAUAUAGAUCAUGAAUACGUUGUUGAGGUAAUCCCCUGAACAGAUUGGGGGGGUCAUCGUCGAUACCUAAAUCGUGUCAUUCUUGGACAGAAAGCACCGCUCUACCGAAGCUACUGCUAACCCCCCCCCUCACAGCAUC